CUCACUAUCCUCACUAUCCUCACUUUAGCCUUCUCCCAAUUAUACGCUCUCGUAUACCACCAUACCACCCAAUAGUCAUUACCAUCACUAUUAACUAAGACUCAACAAUGGAUGAUCCUAAAGAAUACACUGUCGGCUGGAUAUGCGGUCUCCUGAUCGAGUUUAUCGCGGCGAAAGCUUUUCUUGACGAGACGUACCAAAGCCCUCCUGAAAUUGCACAUCACGACAGUGGCGAUAUUGUCUAUGCUCUGGGCAAGAUUGCGCGCCAUAACGUCGUUAUUGCCGUCUCACUUAACGGGGGGAACAAACCAGGUUCAUCAGCGGUAGUGGCUAAGCGUAUGCUGAACAGCUUUCCGCAUGUGCGUAUUGGGUUGAUGGUUGGCAUCGGUAGCGGUGUGCCCAGCCCCGAGCACGAUGUACGACUUGGCGAUGUUGUGGUAGGCAGUUCUGUUCGAGGUGAAGGUGGCAUUGUCCAGUAUAGUUUCAACAGACCGACUCAAAGCCAGGACGCUUCCUUCGAGCAAACGAUGCCUGUGAAUCAACCGCCGGUCGCUCUACAAGCAGCUGUCUCCACCCUCGAACGUCAAUAUGGACUCAAAUAUCUUCAACUUGAGAGGAGAAUCGAAGAAGCGUCAGCAAAGCGGGGUUACCUACAAGAUUAUGCGCGGCCCAAUUCACACAGCGACAAGCCUCCUGGAUCAAGCAUUCUUCAUCCAACCUCAGCUGACGAAUAUAGUGGCGAGUCCAGAGAGAAUUCGACUUAUCCUGUGAAGGAGACGCCGAAAGACAAGUCUCAGAUCCACUAUGGACUUAUUGCGAGCUCAACCCAGAUCAUGGACAAUGCCACCAUGAGAGAUCAACUGGCAAAGAACACAAACAUCCUUUGCUACGAGACGGAGGCAGCUGAUUUAUCAAACGAUUUUCCAUGCUUAGUGAUCCGUGGUAUCUGCGACUACAAUGAAGCACAGAGGAACAAAAAAUGGCGAGGAUUCGCAGCGAUGGUCGCGGCUGCUUACACAACGGAGCUUCUGCGCUUUGUGUCACCGCGGGCAUUGGAUGCUGAUAAUAUACCCAGCGGGUUGUUAGGCAAAGGGAAGCGCGGCCCUAUGAAUCAUGACACGACCAUGACAAAGAUCGCGAUGAUAACCACAAGGAACGAUCACGAUGUCAACGAACAGCGCGGUGAGUAUGGCAACGCUCUCCGGGCUGUAGCAAGACAAGAUCGCGCCAGCAUGGCAGCGGGUAGUUUCGGAGAAGACGCAGACUUCGAUCCACCGAGUGGCCAGUAUGGCAACGCCUUUAAGGCUGCGUUGAAAGGAGGCCAUGGCCCUGACCGCUAUGGUGCAGGCGCUGCAUUGAAGAGAAGCCGCAACGACCUGUUCCAGACGUGGCUCGGCGAGGCAUAUUUAAACGAAAAUGCUCGCCGAAGCCUUCGCUUCCAAUGGGAAAUCCCUGCAGUCUAUGAGAAAAUGCGACGAAAAUCACUGCCUUCAGAUGGAAGUGACGUUCUUGACUUGUUGUCAGGGUUCAUCGUUCUGACUGGUGCAGGGGAAACAUUCGAAUGCUCCACAUGCUCCGAUUUCCUGCACAGGCGAUGGCGUUACGCCGGCUCAAUUGCACUACGAAUCAUGAGCAUUGGAAUCAGACAACUUCGAUUUGGGGAGAUGAUAUCCUCGGAUCUCCUGCAACACAAAGAUCCUACCGCAAAACACUUUGACAUGGAUGGAUUUCUUGUACAAAAUUCAACGACGCGAGAAAUAGAGGUUCGAUUUAAUACCUAUGGCCAUGAAGCAAGAGAAGUCAUCGCGGCUAUGACGUGGAUCAGUACAGCCAUGCGACCGACUCCAUCAACACCUACAAGCACCAGUCCAAGGCUAUUCUGGUCGACUAGCUUAUCCCAUGAGCUUGGCAGCUCACUUCGCCCACUAGAAGAAUGGCAUCCCGUUGCUUCCCCUUGGUCUUCCUUCUGCUGGACGAAACUCUUUGACACUGGCGUUAUAGCUUCGUGUUUCAUCCUACGAGACUGGGGGAAGGGCCUUGAAAUGUCAUUCGAUAUGAUGGUUCACCUUGCUGCAGUAGAAAACUACCACUCGCUGAACAAAGGAAUUGUCUUGCUUGGCUUUGCCACGGCACUCAUUCCGGUUGAGCGGUGUACAAGCUCGAAGAGUAUUCAAUGGCAUUUUGAGGCUGUUGAAGAUCCCAUGGGUGGUUUUAUAGAACCAUCUAAACUGCCGAUACAAGGGACUUCACAAACGUUCCAGGAUAAGGCAGAAUUCCAAGGCUCAAAAUGUUUUAUCGGCUGGUUUGAGGAAGCACAUGUACUACUUGGAACUGAAAAGCUUCUUGGAACGACAAGCAUGACCUGGAGCCAAACUGUCGAACGUCCCAGGACACUCCACCAGACGGGAGUUGAAGGCGGUGGCCAGAUGGUUUUCUCUGCUGGCCCCAUCAGCUUCGCCCCGCAAGGCAUGGCAACCUUUGCGUUCAUUUCUAAUGUGCAAAGAUUUGAGCCGACGCAACAAUACAGGCAGUCACUGCAUGCAUGCCGGCGAAGAGUCGCACUCAUCAUCGACGCAGAAACUAAGCAAGCAUGGCUCGUCCCGAUACUCAGCUUGAUACUACACCUCUGUCACAUGUACUGGAUGGACGUCAACAAACAAUCUCGCAAGAAGAACCCCAUACCGUUUGCAAAACCAGCACAUGAUGGCCAUCGAGCGGUGCUAGAUGCCAUCGAGAUGAAGGGAGACGUGGUUGUGCUGGGAACACUCGGAGAACCCGACACGGAAACAUUACGCCAGCUUUUCUUGCGGAUACAUGCGUCUCUUACUCAGACAGCCGAAACGAGGGAAGAACCAAGAAACAAUACUAUUCUCGCGACAGAGCUAAUGGCAAUCAUCGAUACCCCUUUCCAAGGGAGCGCGUUACGAGAGGUUGACGCAUCCGGCUCAGAGAGCCUGGUUAGCUCUUGGAAAGCUAUCGUAAAACACGUUGACGUUGUUGGAGUUUGCGCAAAACUCGGGAGUGCCAUAGAGCCGCUAAUUCCACCCUCGAUUCCAAUGUGUUCGACUUGUUGUACGCUUCCAGCACAGAGAUACUACCUAGCAGCUCACAUGCAAUGUCUCUUAGCGCUCUCUAAGACAGCAAAAAUCAGCACAAAUUCCCUCAGGAAUGGCUGUCAAUUAGGUCCUAGGACUUUCUGGUGCACUGAGUCCUCACCAUGGUCCAGCUGUACUAGUCCUGGCCAUGCACGUAUUCGGAAGGAUAACACACCUUACGAGGGGCUCCAAUAUAUAUCAACAAAGAAACCAAGAGAAAAUCUCUCUACGGUAACCAUAGAUCAAGUCAAGGAUGCAGGGAUCGUUGUCACUAAUGUUGUUGAUACUGAUGUCGUUGAUACAGGUGUUGUGGUAUUCGGAAGAGAACACAUUGGGAUUGAGAAGUGGCUAGAGAAGAUCCGUCUGCAUUGGACUAGAUGAUGGUUGAUUCAAAGGGCAUUGUUGUUCCAGACGUCUUGAAGAUGAACGUGAUGUUUCAUGUCUUUUGUAGAACCGAUAGCAAAACUGUACACAGGCCCUACAGACCGACG